AUGAUCGCUGCACAGGAAGAGUUUGCUGAUCAAAGUGCAAUGCUUGCAAGGGCAGAGGACAUUCAAUCUCUACAAUAUAUAACUAAACAAAAACAAGAAACAGCUGAAAUGGCUGAAAUGAAGGCUACCGAAGAACAUAGAGUAGAGCUAGGAGUAGAUAAGGCAAAAGAAGAACAAACAGAGGCUGAUAGCAAGUUGCUUGUAAACGUAGCAAAGGUAGAAGAUACGCUAAAAUUACAAGAAACCAAAGAUGAGGCUGCCGCUGCCAUAAUUAGAACCACCGAAAGCGAAGUAGAAGCACAGACGACCCUGAAAAGCCGUGCGAUGGAAAUAGAACGAACGAUUAAAGACGUAGUAGCUGCUGCCGAGGUUGUUGCCGAAGCGACCUGCGAAUUUAGUAUAAAACCCACCGGCGACACCUCAAAGACCGUAGGCGAUAGAGUAGAAGCGAGCGAAUUGCGACAUCUAGAGAUUAGCGAAGAGCAGCAGCUCGUAGUGCUAGAACAACCAUCGCAAACUGCUGCUGUUGUAGGUGAGAAGACGUACCACCAGCAGGAACAGCAACGAGGCGAAGCCAGGGAGUAUGGCAGUGAACGCCAGAUGCACACCCUGUCCUUGGCAAGAAUUGAAGCCCCGAAGAGCCAAGUCGAACAGCAGGAGGUUACCCAGAAGUUGGCUAGGACACUGGUUUUGGAGAAGAAGAUGCAGGCCGUUCAGGAGGACGCUGCAGCGCUGACAACCACUCUCACCGCCCAGACCGAACAUAUCCAAGUUCAAAAGGAAGUGGCCGAGCUACAGAGAGCCAAAAGCGUCGAGAACCUGCGAGCUGUGACGGAAGAGAAGUCCAUCUUGGAAAAGCAGCUUAGCCAAAGUCAGAGUGAACUCUACGCUCAGGGUCACUUCCGCGACUCCCGCCACGAAGAAGUAUCUUCCCAGUCAUAUAAGGAGUUCGUUAGUGAAGCUCAAGGCCUUACAACGCAGUGGGACAUCAUCGAAACCGAUCAGACGGCUUUGAUCUGCUGGAAGGAUACGGACCAGCAAUCUUCACAACUCCUCGCCAAAGCUGUUACAUUAGAAGACAUCGGCACGACUCUGGACCUGACUGUGAGACGUCCAUCACAGGGAAAAGAGCUACAACUUCCCUUGGAUUCCCAAGAUUCAGCAGAGCGUCAGUUGAGUGUGGACAGAACUCAAACAAGCUUCAGUCUUCAGAAGAGCGAUUCCACUUCCUUAGUUCAGCAAGUGAUGGCUGACAAAGCACAAACUGAAGAGUCUGGAAUGUUCCAUGAGUUCGGCAAAGAGGAGACCGUAACCGUUGGUGAAUUUGGCAAGUUAAGAGCCAAA